CAUGCGCGGCGGCCGGCCCGAGCCCGACGGCCUCUAGUGUCAUGGCCACGGCUGGGCUUUCGCGCAUGCGGACUGGGACGGUUCCGGGUGCGCGCUGCGCGGCAGCAUGCAGGCCGCCCUGGAGGUGACGGCGCGGCACUGCCGCAGCGAGCUGGAGCAGUACGGGCGCUGCGUGGCCGCCAGCCCCGCCAGCUGGCAGCAGGACUGUCACCAGCUCAAAGUCCGCAUGGCCCGCUGCGCCUCCUCGCACCCGAUUGUGCAGAAAAUCCGCCACGACUGCGCCGAGCCCUUCAUUGCAUUUGAACAGUGCUUGAAACAGAACCAGGCCUCCGUGGUGAACUGCACCGAACACGUCAACGAGUUCCUGCUCUGCGCUGAGCAGGGGAUACUGAGAACCUUCACCUUCAGGAAUGAGACAGGCUUUCCCAGCUGUGGAGCCUCAUUCUUAUGGUUCCUGGCAGAAAAUACAGAAUGAUACGAGUCCCUGUGCUCUGGCUUUCAUCAGUUUCCGGUCACAUGCACCUGAACAGUUGGAUUCGCAGCAGGACAUCAGAAUCUGUCAGCAUUUGUCAGUAUGCUGUUAGUGCUGCCUCUUGUCUCUGCUGGUCGCACAGCCCUGGACAGCACCAUUAAUUAAUAAGCUACAGACACUGUAUUAAAAUUACAAUAAAGGCUCGACUCUGCACUGAAAUUGA